CGUUGGCUGCAGACGGCAGAAGUCAAGCAAAGAAUUUCUGCUCCAGCUGAUUCGGUCGCCAUCUUUGUCGCGAACAUAAACAACACCAGUGAGUUACGUCGGCCUCUGGAUGUUCCGCUGUUUAUUCGGAAGGAAGGAGCGACAGUUCCCCCGCCGCAGAGCGUGUGCUUCCACCCGGACAUGGCCGUUAACGUCGCCACCUGAGCCGCCGUGUCAGUGGGAGAUGGGGAUCCUGCGUGGAUUUCCUCACCGGGAGGGAGCGGAGGUUUAAAGGAGGCGGGGAGGGGAGGGGUGGGGAGGGGAGGGGGCAGCAGAGGGGCCUUGCUGCUGCUCAUCAUCAUCAUCAUCUCUGACGUCAUGGACCAAGAGUACGAGAGACGGCUGCUGAGGCAGAUCAACCACCAGAACCUGCCCACGGAGGCCCCCCUGACCAAGGUGAGACAGUGUGUGAGCGCUACUUGCAGUCCUGUCAGUGUUAAGUCAGGGGAUCGCUUCAUUCCCACCCGCGCUGGAAGCAACUGGAGCAUCAACUUUCACUACGCCAACGAGAAUUGCCGCUCUCCCAAUCAGAACCAUAAAGCAAAAGACGCCAGUUCAGAUUCAAGCAAAGAUGCUGUGGCGUACGCUGCCCUGCUGAGGAAUGAGUUACUGGGAGCAGGAAUAGAGACUGUACCCGACCCUCACACAGACGACCGCCGCCAUGCAGUCCUCUCUCAAGACUCUCACAGCCUUUUUAGGUACACUGUUCACACUAAGAGAGUGCCUUUCGAUAGCGAUAAUGAAGUCUCACCAUACUCCCUUUCUCCACUUAGUAAUAAGAGUCACAAGCUGCUCCGCUCCCCUCGUAAACCAGCACGUAAGAUCUCCAAGAUCCCCUUCAAAGUGCUGGAUGCUCCGGAGCUGCAGGAUGACUUCUACCUCAACCUGGUAGACUGGUCAGCAGGCAACCUGCUCAGCGUCGGCCUGGGAGCCUGCGUCUACCUGUGGAGUGCCUGCACCAGCCAGGUAACACGGCUAUGUGACCUAUCAGUGGACGGAGACUCUGUCACGUCAGUUUGUUGGAAUGAAAGGGGAAGUCUGGUAGCGGUCGGGACCCACAAAGGUUACGUCCAGAUCUGGGACGCAGCUGGAGGGAGGAAGCUGACCAGUCUGGAGGGUCACUCAGCCCGAGUAGGUGCCCUGGCGUGGAAUGGGGAGCAGCUGUCGUCAGGAAGCCGGGACAGAGUGAUCCUCCAGCGGGACGUUAGGACCCCCCCUUCUGCUGAGAGGAGGCUGCAAGGGCACAGACAAGAAGUGUGUGGCCUCAAAUGGUCUCCAGACCACCAGCACCUGGCGUCUGGUGGCAAUGACAACAAGUUGCUGGUGUGGAACAGCUCCAGCCUGCUGCCUGUACAGCAGUAUAGUGACCACCUGGCGGCGGUGAAGGCCAUCGCCUGGUCCCCACACCAACAUGGCCUUCUAGCGUCUGGCGGCGGCACCGCAGACCGCUGCCUUCGUUUCUGGAACACACUGACGGGCCAGGCUCUGCAGAGCACAGACACGGGCUCCCAGGUCUGCAACCUGGCCUGGUCCAAACACGCCAACGAACUGGUGAGCACACACGGCUACUCUCAAAACCAGAUUCUGGUGUGGAAGUAUCCAUCACUAACACAGGUGGCCAAGUUGACAGGACACUCAUACAGAGUGCUCUAUCUGGCUGUGUCGCCGGACGGGGAGGCCAUUGUUACAGGCGCUGGGGAUGAGACACUACGUUUCUGGAAUGUCUUUAGUAAGACACGCUGCACAAAGGAAUCAAAAUCAGUGCUCAACCUCUUCACCAGAAUACGAUAGUGAUCGUCGCGGGUCAGGACCGGUUCUGGAGAAGCCUGAUGAGUUGUCGUGGAAACGCACCAGUCACAUAAUAAAUAGCACUUACAGACUAGACCAUCAACAUGCAGUUAACUUGUUCAUCACUGCACCAACCACCACGAUGACAGCGCUUCUCUUAAUCCACUUUUAUACCGAGGAUGGAGACCUGACUUCCAACGACAACUGCCACCCCUCACAGCGAUGUCACUGAUUUUAAAGAAACAGAACAAGAAAGCAGUCUAUUGUCGGGACAUGCCGUCUGCUUGAAAAGUUGGUCUUGUUUACUUUUCUGUUGUGGAAGUGAAUAUAAUUGUUUUAUUAUAUAUUAGAAGUAUACAUGUACAAGAGUUCUAAGCUAUACAGUCAAAUGUAAUGACGACACAUUUUUAAAAGGCUCUCCUUUCUAAUGAAGACAAGAAGACGCCGGGCUCGGGUGGGUUUCUAUAUUUUGAUAAUGUCUGAAAAUGAUCUACAACAGUAUACAUCAGAGGAGAAACAAUAAAUAUGUGAACACACACAGUUGCUCAUGCAGCUGCAAAUAAA